GUGUAGUAUUUUUCUUUAUAUAUAUAACACCAUUUUCUAGCUCUUUUCUUUUCAUUUCUCCCAUAAGAAACACAAAUGGCCACUUGGAUUUCAAGAUCAACAAGAAGCUUUUCACAUUUUCUUCAAAGGGCUGGUUCCUUAUCUAUUCUCCACCAGAGAGGUUUAAGGCCAUUUUCCUAUUUCGAGUCCACAAAAGGAAGAGAGCAAAUAGAGUGCCCACACAAAUAUGAGAAGGAUAAUUAUCAUCUUGAAAUUAAUCUUGAUGAGAACCAAGCCUUGGAUUUCCCAGGAGGAAAGAUUCCAUUUACUUCUCAAAUGAAAUUCAUUCCUGAAUCAUCCGAAACAAGGUUAGCUUGUUAUCGAGUUCUUGACAAAAAUGGCUAUCCAAUUCCAGGCAGUGUAUUCGAGCAGGUGAGCAAAGAUUUAGCAGUGAAAAUGUAUAGAAAAAUGGUUACCCUUCAAAUUAUGGACAGCAUUUUCGAUGAAGCAAAAAAACAGGGCAGGUUAUCCUUUUAUUUAACAACUCUUGGAGAAGAAGUCAUAAACAUAGCUUCUGCUGCUGCCCUCACCUCAGAUGACAUUGUGUUGCCUCAGUACAGGGAGCCCGGGGUUCUCUUAUGGCGUGGCUUCACCCUACAAGAAUUUGCCAAUCAAUUGCUAGGAAACAAGGGUGACAAUGGGAAAGGAAGGCAAAUGCCAAUACAUUAUGGUUCUAACAAGCUCAAUUACUUCACCGUUUCUUCAACUAUAGCCACACAGCUUCCACAGGCAGUAGGCGUGGCUUAUUCUCUGAAAAUGGACACAAAAGAGGCUUGUGUUGUCACUUAUUUUGGAGAUGGUACCACUAGUGAGGGAGAUUUCCAUGCUGCUUUGAAUCUUGCAGCAGUUCUGGAAGUUCCUGUUAUAUUUGUAUGCCGCAAUAAUGGAUGGGCAAUUAGCACCCCUGUGGCCGAACAAUUUCGAAGUGAUGGAAUCGCGAUUAAAGGGCAAGCUUAUGGAGUUCGAAGCAUUCGAGUGGAUGGCAAUGAUGCUCUUGCAGUUUAUAGUGCUAUUCGUGCUGCUCGUAAAAUGGCAAUAAAGGAACAAAGGCCAAUAUUAGUCGAGGCCAUGGCUUAUCGAGUGGGCGACCAUGCAUCGUCUGAUGAUUCUACCAAGUACCGAUCCAAGGAGGAAAUUGAGUACUGGAGAAGACGAAGCUCAGUCGCCAGAUUCAGAAAAUGGAUACAGAAAAAUGGUUGGUGGAGUGAUGUAGAGGAAUUCGAAUUCCGGGGAAAUAUCAGAGAGCAGGUGUUGCAAGCAAUUCAAGUUGCUGAGAAAGAAGAGAAACCUCCGUUGGUAGAUUUGUUUACAGAUGUUUAUGACCAAAUACCAUCAAAUCUUCAAGAACAAGAGAGGUAUAUUAGAGAUGCUGUGAAGAGAGGUCCAAAAGAGUAUCCUUCUAAUAUGACUCUAUAGGCUAUGUAUAUAUAUAUCUCCUCUGGUUAUAGAUAAGUACAGGAGCUUGCUACAUUUUCUAGAAUUUUCAAUCUGAAAUUGGCCCCCUUGAAAUCCAGUAAUAUCCUAGAUGUAAUAUGAUACAGUAAUAUGUGUGUGUGUGUGUAAUCUGAAACUGCACGAACUAUCCAAGUUAAAUGAAGUUUGAACUCGUUUAUCUUCUUUGCAAA